GUUUUCCAUAAGUUUUGAAUUGAAUUGAAAUCACAAUUGAAUUGUUGUGUGAAAUGGACACCGAUUUAGACGUCGACCGCAUCUGUCAACAAAUCCAAGAGAAGGCAUUGAAGGCAACCAAAUGCUCGCUUGGGAUCAAGUCUUGUGAUUUGAGUUAUCACUGCAACACAUCCGAUAAGUUGAAGAAAGUGCUCAAACAUGAGACCAAUGAAUGUCUUGAGAUGCUUUCAUCUCUCAUUCAAAAUGAAUACAAAGGAAAGCGAAUCGAAAGGAUCGGUUCCGACGAAGACAAGAGUGAUGUCAUAACCGAACUCAACGACAAUAUAUUCGACAAAAUCGGCAACCAUUUGGAUGAGGCGUCGGGUCUGAAGCAAAAGGCGGCGGAUCUGGUGUUGGCCACAAUGGGUGAUCAGAAAACCAUCAACUCUUCGGCCACUUCCUCGUGGAAUCGGACUAUAGUUCGCGCCAAACGAGGAGUCAAUUGUAAUCUACUUUCGGCUAAAAUGGUUGAGAGAUCGCAGUUGAAGUUCAAAGACAAGGUCGACAACAGUAACCAUCCAUUUGUUCCGAUCAUCAAAGAUAAGCCCAACUCUAUUAAACCGCUUUCCAUAUUACUCGAGAAGAAUGAGUUUGGAUUUGAUUCGUAUUCACAUCCCUAUGAAGUGGAGAUCGAAAAGUUUGAACCCAAAGAGCACUUCUUGCAAAUAGAGAUUCCAGAGAUAUUCCACGGGGCAGACAUGGAUGUGAUUUGGUUGCAAAGAGAUUUUGGCAUAUAUUUAGUGAACCUUUUUGACACAUUUCAAGCCUCCAAACUGCUUGACUUUUCUCAUCUGUCGCUCUCAUACCUAUUGAGACAUUACUGCAAUCUUGAGGCCGACAAACACUUCCAAUUGGCUGACUGGCGCAUCAGACCUCUCACUCCUGAGCUGUUGAAGUACGCGCGCGAAGACACGCAUUACUUGAUAUUCAUUUACAUCCAAAUGAAGAACCAAUUGAUUGCUUCGGGAAAUAGUGAGAAAAAUUUAUUGAAAGCCGUAUUUGAAAGGAGUAAAAGUGUUUGCCUUAAACUAUAUUUUGCCAAAUCAUAUGCUCUUGCAUAUGGCAGAAGUAUUACCCCGGCAAGAGAGAAGCCUCUCACCAAACCUGAGGACUCAAACAAAGACCACUCAUCUCUCGCUCAAAGUUUCGCCAAUAGAGUCAUUGAUUUAGACGAACAGAUAGACUCGAAACACGACAAAUAUGCGGCUCAUUCUCACAUCAAUACCAAGCCUUUGAUCGACCAGUUUUCCGACAAAGAGUUUUGUGAAUCACAAGAACCAGUGAAUGAAAAUCUACUGAAAAAGAGGUCGCAUUUCAUCGAUUUCUUCACCAAUAAGUCUGAACCGAAAAGAAGUAAAACUGUUGAAAACAUUUGCUCUUCUUUUAUAUCACAAUUUGAAAGAUAUAACUUAACGAUUAAACGACAAAACAAUUUAUCCCAAGAAAACGGUGAGGAUUUGAGUCUUACUUGACUUACAACUUAUUCUUAACGUUCAAAGUGUUGGC